AUGGCGGCUGUUCCCACCAUAAAGAAGCUAGAUGAGGCUGUUGUUAAUCGCAUUGCUGCCGGUGAAGUGAUUCAAAGACCAGCUAAUGCACUGAAAGAAAUGAUCGAGAACUCGCUUGAUGCAAAGGCUUCAUCAAUUACGGUAACAGUCAAAUCUGGAGGUUUGAAACUUUUGCAGAUUCAGGACAACGGCUGUGGCAUUAGGAAAGAAGAUAUGGGGAUCGUGUGCAAGCGUUUCACUACGAGUAAACUUACAAAAUUUGAGGAUUUAAGCUCCAUUGCGACUUAUGGAUUUCGCGGGGAAGCUCUGGCAAGCAUUAGUCACGUUGCUCACGUAACUAUAACUACAAGAACUGGAGAAUCGAACUGUGCUUUCAAAGCGAGUUAUUCGGAUGGAAAACUGGUGCCUGCACGACCUGGAUUGUCUGCUGACCCUAAGCCUUGUGCUGGAAACAAAGGCACUCAGAUAACUGUCGAAGACUUGUUUUAUAAUGUGUCGACUCGACGAAAGGCUCUUAAGAGUUCCGGUGAAGAGUUCGCGAAAAUUGCUGAUGUGGUGAGCAAGUAUGCGAUACACAAUUCUGGAGUUGCGUUUACGUUGAAGAAGCAGGGAGAAAACAUGGCGGACGUCAGAACGACCAAUGGUGCUUCGAUUUUGGAUAAUAUUCGCACAAUCUAUGGAGCUUCAGUUGCAAGAGAGUUGUUAGAAGUUAGCUACGACAACCAAAAGUAUGCCUUCAAAAUGCAUGGCUACAUUUCCAAUGCUAAUUAUUCUGUCAAGAAGCUACAGUUUUUGCUAUUUAUUAAUCAUCGUCUUGUUAACUCCUCUGCUUUAAGGAAAGCAAUAGAAACAUUAUAUGAAGCUUAUAUACCAAAGAACAGCCAUCCCUUUGUGUAUGUAUCCCUGGAAAUUGCAGCAAGGAAUGUUGACGUUAAUGUUCACCCCACCAAACAUGAGGUUCAUUUUUUGCAUGAAGAUUCCAUUAUUGAGGCUAUUCAGAAGGCCUUUGAAGAGAAGUUAUUAGGGGCAAAUUCAUCCAGAACUUACUACACUCAAACCCUUCUGCCUGGUGUCCCUGUGACUGAUACCUCUACAGGUUGGUGUUCCCUCUGCAUUUACCAGCUCAUAUUUACAAAAACAAAAGAUUGCAGCGUGCAAAGAAAGUAGUGUCCGAUAGCCCGGGGCUAGUGGAUUUUGCUAUCAGGCUAGUGAAAUCUGUUUUUAACUUGCUUGACAGGCAAGAGAUGUUUUUUGAGGAAUUUGAAUAACAGAGGAACUGUGAAAUCAAUUCUGCUAGUCAAAAAGUUUUUGGGGCUAGUUGAAAUGACGUCUUGGCUAGUAAAUGCUAGCUUCAGCUUGCCCGAAUGGCAAGCUGUAAAAAUGAUUUCCUUUGCACCCUGGAUUGUUCUUUUUACAUCAUCUUUACUGGUACAUACACAAGAACCCAUGUAGAUUAGUGAACAAGAUUAAGGUACUUGCUAUUUGCUUGCCCAACCCAAGCCUCUAGCCAAUGCCUCUGGAUAUUAACAUCCAAAAACUGUAUUUGAAACUCCCCCAUAUGUUUUUUCUUCGAUGGAAAAUACAUUUAAUACAAAUGAUAAAAAUACUCCCCUUCCCCACCAUGAUUUGUGCAGACAUUUAGAUUCAUAUUUUCCAUUAUUUCAGUCAGAAAUGUGAUUGAAUAUACUCUUCAUUGCAUUGUUUUUUAAGUGACAAAUGAUGGUGGACAAUCUAAUGGUGGAAAGUUAUAUGCUCAUCAAAUGGUUCGAACAGACAGUAGAGAGCAGACUCUGCAUGCCUUUCUUCCUCCUAAAAAUCAUGCUACAUCAUCAAGUGUAACAAACAGGUUCAAGUUGAAAAAUUGCUGUUACAUUAGAACCUAAAAUGUUUUUUUGGGGGGGUCUUGACAAACUGCGAGUCACGCGAGCUUCACGAGGCAUCAGUUAAAAAAAAGGAAACACAAGUAAAAACUGGAAAUUUACAGAUGAGGAGUUGAGCAUUCAUUAUACUGAUUAGGGUUAAGCACUCAUUGUACUGAUUAGGGUUAAGCUUUUAUUUUAUGGAUUAGGGUUAAGCACCCACUUUAGGGCUAGGGUUAAGCGCUGUUUAGGGUUAAACAGACAGUUAGCAUUCAGUUAAUGUUUUCUGUAUUACUGUUUUCGAUUUUUAUGGUGUUUUUCUCAAUGAUUCUUCAAUGGACUGCAUGGUUCGCAUGACUCGCUGGUUUGCAUUUUAUACACACUCUUUUUUUUUCAUAGUCACAUGUUAUUGGAAGUAGUUUCCAAAAGCCCCUAGGGUGUUUGUCAACUUCUUAUUAAUCCCUUGCAUUGGUGUUUUUUAGUGAUUCUCAGUCUUCAAGAACUAUAGCUCAACAUGAAGCUAAUAAUUCAGCUGAUGGGGAACCAAACAGGUCUAAAAAUCUUACUUCAACUGCUAAUAUUACUGACGAAAGCACACUUUCAGUGUCCAACUCAAGCAAAACUCUAGAUGCUGGUGAGGAGGACUUCUCUGACCAACCAUCAGGUAAUGGAAAUUUAUUAUUUCCAGUCAUUUUGAAUAAAUAUUUGAUUGACUUACUUAAUUUAAGGUACAUUGUAGACAUAAUAACUAAUGGCUGAACAUGUUGAUUGGCAGCCUGGGUGACUAACUGAAUGACUGGAAAAGUGUGUGGAUUACACUCUUAUAUACAGUGUUUUCUCCUCAAUGUUCUUGAUACAUUUCCAUCGGUGCUGAUGGGGACAGUUUUUCUAACAAGCAACCUGUUUUUUACCACUUUUUAGUUGUUCAAAUCCCGCUUCAGGGAACGGCAACUUUGAUUAAAAAAUUAUUGUUGUUCUUAUUGGUUGAUUGAAUGGUUGGUUCUACCUCUUCAGGUCCAAAAAAGCCAAGACUAGAGGAAAAUGGUGACAGGACUUCAAAGGGCCAAAACAAGUUAACUUUCCACAGAGAAAUUCGCCUUACCAGUGUUUUGAAUCUACGUAAAGCCAUUGACAGCAAUGAACAUCAAGGAAUGAAAGAGCUGUUUGAAGACCAUAAAUUUGUGGGCUGCGUGAACAGGUCACUUGCUCUUGUCCAACACAGCACAAAGUUGUUCCUUGCGAAUGUCACAACCCUUAGUAAAGAACUCUUCUACCAGAUUAUCAUCUUUAAGUUUGGCAACUUUGACUUUCUAAAGCUUUCAGAGCCAGCACCAGUCUAUGAGCUUGCCAUGCUAGCUUUAGACUGUGAGGAGAGUGGCUGGACAGAAGAGGAUGGUCCUAAAGAUGAGUUAGCGGCAUACAUUGUCAAUUUGCUGAAAGGAAAAGCAGCUAUGUUGUUGGAUUAUUUUUCUUUGGAAAUUGAUAAAGAAGGUCAUCUACUGACAUUGCCUUUGCUGUUAGAUGGUUACAUACCAAAUCUUAAUGGUCUUCCUUUGUUUGUUCUUCGCCUUGCUACAGAGGUAAGCAGUAUGAAAUAGUAGAAUAUCAGGAAUGUUUUUGUUAUUGGACUCAAAGCUUGAAUACAGUCCCAUCUGCAGUCUAGGACUAGGAGCUUUUCUUGCUAGGAGAGUAUUGUUUGAUCUCACUUGCCCAAUAAGGGUCUAUGCAAGUCAUCCUCUAACUAUAUCAUUAACAAAGACAAGGAAGAAGUCAAUCAAUCAAUAAAGCUUUAUUCACGGUAUCACUUCAUUAAAAAUGCUCUUCCAGUGAGCCGUUUACAAAACAAAAUUUUCAGAGAAACUACAUUAAUGCUAAAAUAUAUCUAUAUAUUAAGAAAAUAUAUCCUAUAAUUAAUCACACAAAAAUCAAUCAACCUUAAAGGUACAUUAAAUAACUCAACUCCCUCAAGGCAAUCCCUGGUUCAAGACAAAGAUAGGGCAGACUUGAAAGAGUUGAGAUUUAUCUCGUCUUUAAGCACAUUUUCUAGGCCAUUCCACAUGACUGCUCCCCUAUAGCUAAAGGCCCUCUUAGCAGCUUCAGUACGGGGCCUUGGUACAAAAAUGUUGUUCGAGGCACCUCGCACGUUGUAGGAAUGAACCCCAGAGGUUGGUUUAAACAUGUUCUUUAAACUCUCAGGGUAAAGGUUAUUUAGAGAUUUAAAAACACUUAUUGCGAGCUGUUUAGAGCAUCUUUGCUCAAGGGUAUCCCAUCUCAAGUGUUGGAGGAUAUCCGCAGAUCUUGUAUUAUAAUCACUAAAUGUUAUAAUUCUCCCAGCCCUAUUUUGCAAUCUCUGGAGUCGGUCACACAGACCUUUUCCCAUACAUCCCCAGACUUCAGAGCAAUAAUCAAAAUAAGGAGCGACUAAAGCAUCAUACAUUUUCAGUAGGGUUUGGCAAGGCACAAGGGAACGAAUAUGUUUUAAGGCCCCUAUACCUGCAGAUACCUUUUUACAGAUGGUAUCUACAUGGGAUUGCCACCCCAAUGCCUCGUCAACCUCUAUUCCCAGAUACCUAUAAUUAGUCACCCGAGUCAAUUGUUGACUAUUAACAGUAACGUUUAAGUCACCAUUUAAAUGCCUUAGUCGGUAGUGGCUUCCAAUUAUCAUAUAUUUUGUCUUUUUGACAUUUAAUAUGAGUUUAUUGGAUUUCAGCCACUUUUGAACCUCAUCCAAGUCUUUGUUUAACUUUUCUUCAAGAGUUGCGGGGUCAUAGGCGGAAAGGGUAAGCGAGGUGUCAUCAGCAUACAUGAGUGCAGAUGAUGACAGCUCGCAUUCUUGUAGGUCAUUUAUAUAAAUGAGAAACAACAAGGGUCCAAGUACAGAACCUUGUGGGACCCCAUAACUAACAGGAAGAUAGUCUGAUAGAGUUUCAUUUACAUAAGUACUCUGAAAGCGAUUUGAUAGGUAUGAUUUGAACCACUGAACUGCAUGCGGGUCGAGACCAUAAAGUUGCAGUUUUUUUAACAAUAUGCUGUGGUCAACCGUAUCAAAGGCUUUCUUAAGAUCCAGAAAGAGUACACUGUUAAUUAGGCCAUCAUCAAUAUUUAAGUACCAGUUGUUAGUAGCUUCAAGCAAGGCAGUCAAAGUAGAAUGCAUCGGUCUGAAGCCAUGCUGAGAAACUGUCAGCAAAUUAUUGUGAGUUAGGUACUCAUAAAGUUGUUUGAAGAUAACCUUUUCGAUUAUUUUACUGACAACUGGUAGAAUAGAUAUAGGUCUAUAGUUAUUAGGAUCAGACUUAAUAUCCUCCUUAUAUAAAGGUAAUACUUUGGAAAUUUUCCACUCGUCUGGAAAAUACCCACACCUAAUGGAUAGGUUAAUUAUAUGGGUGAGAGAAGGCACGAUUUCAGGACAAGCUUCUUUCAAAAGCCUUGCAGAAAUACCAUCUAGGCCUGUAGCCUUGUCGACUCGAAGCAAACUCACUAAACGGUGAACAACACCGCAGUGAGUCUCGUUCAGGGUAAAACUAGUGACCCAAAGGACAAGCUGGAAUUCAAGCUUUUUGCAAGCCCUGUGAACUGGAACCCUAUUAGGAAAUUCUGCUCUUUUUUAGUUUGUUUUUGGGUAUCAAUCGCUUUGCAAUCUUGAACACAGGCGCUAAAACCUCCCUCCUCCUCAAUGGCUUCUUUGUGUAGUAGGGAGGUUAGAGAGAGGGAAAAAGUGCACUGGGGGUGAUAUAUAGGAAGUGAAGAGAGAGGAAGAGAGACCUCUGCUUUCUGUCUUUCAAGAAUGCCAGAGAAACAGAGAGAAAGUUUGUUGUACAAGCUGCAACUACCCAUUAAUGUUGCUUGUUCCCCAGUAUAUGCUACAUCAAGCUGAAUGAAUGGCCGCGUAUCCUCCUCUGGACGUUGCAGCAUUCACGGCAGCUUGGUACAGAACAUAACUUUGUGCUAAUCUCUCAGCCUCAUUUUUGGUGUAUCUAAGCCUUUUGUUGAUGCCAAUAAAUACCAUCAACUGUUCCAUUCCUGUGAUAUUAAAACCCUUUAACCCCCAAUAUCCACAUACAAAUUCUCUGUACAGAUCUCCAUACAUUUCCCUGAAAAACUAGUUGAGAGAUUUUGUUUAAAGAUCAAAGCAUUUUCACUGAGGUGAUCUUUUUAUUAAUUUUUUUGACUUUUUCUCUUUAUUAUGUAUUGAUAUUGGUGAGAGAAAUUUGAUGUUGAUCACUCUUGGGAUUAUUGCAGAUGUUACGGUGCCAUGUACCUCAAUUAUUAUUAUUUAUUCUUUUUUCAGAUCUGAAUACUGCCAGUCAAAAAUUUGCUACAAUUCAUCUUGAUUUAAUUUUAAUUUUUCCUGUAACAUGUGUAGGUGGACUGGGAUACUGAAGAGGGAUGCUUCCGAACCUUUGCACAGGAGUGCAGCAGAUUUUAUGCAUUUAAACCAGAUCCUUACCAACAUGAUGAGAACUCCACCAAAGAUGUUGACACAGAGGAUCCCAACGCUGGAAAUUCAUUGUCUUCCAACCAUUCAUGGCAGUGGACUGUAGAACAUAUUUUAUUUCCUGCUUUUCGCACAGGACUUAUCCCUCCCAGCCGCUUUUCUGAGGAUGGUACUCUCCUUCAAAUAGCAAAUUUGCCUGACUUGUACAAAGUUUUUGAAAGGUGCUAA